CCUGGGGUGUGAUACGUAAACCCCUACGGACGAAUCCGCAAUGAUGGCCCGCGCUUGGAUUUCACUAAGUGCCCUCCUGGCCGUGUCUGCCACUCUGUGCCACGCUGAGGACACCUGUCCAGACGUGAAGCUGGUUGGAGUUGGGAAUUCGGACAGGCUGGCCAUAUUAAGGGGGUGUCCUGGGACCCCCGGAGCUCCUGGAAUACAGGGACUCCAGGGACCUGCUGGUGCCAAAGGAGAAAAGGGUUCCCCUGGAAUUCCAGGGAAGAUGGGUCCUACAGGGAUGGAAGGUGAAAAGGGAAGUCCUGGAAUCCAAGGACAAAAAGGUGACAGGGGAGACCCCGGCAUACCUGCCCCAGGAACUGCACAGAGCUGUAAGGAGCUGAUGGAGCGAGGAGCAUCUCUGAGCGGGUGGUACACGGUGUACACGGAUGACGGGCGUCCUGUCACGGUGCUCUGUGACAUGGAGACAGACGGCGGAGGAUGGCUGGUUUUCCAGAGAAGGGUAGACGGGUCGGUGGAUUUCUUCAGAGGUUGGGACUCGUAUAAGAAAGGCUUUGGCCAGCAGAGCAGUGAGUUCUGGUUGGGGAACGAUCAUAUCCAUCGCCUCACGUCCAAAGGAAAGUUCCAGCUUCGCUUUGAUCUCACGGAUUUUGACAACAACAGCACCUAUGCCACGUACAGCGACUUCCAAAUGGCAGGGGAAAGCGCCAACUAUACCUUGAGUCUGGGCAAAUUCCUGAAUGGGACUGCAGGCGACUCGCUCUCCCAUCACAGAGACGCACCAUUUAGCACCAAAGACAGCGAUAACAAUCCCACUAAGACAUCCGACUGUCCCAUUAAUAACAAAGGCGGUUGGUGGUAUACGGCCUGUCACGGCUCCAACCUUAACGGCGAGUACCUCCGGGGCGAGCACAGCACUUAUGCCGGCGGCGUUAACUGGGCAACAGGCCGUGGGUCAUACUACUCUUACAAGACUUCGGAAAUGAAGAUCCGACCGCAGUCUUAGAAGACGAGAAAGUCUUGCUGUCAAUAGCCGGAGAGCGCAUUAUAGUCUCCUAACUGCUGGUAGAACCUACUGGGGUGGCCGCUUUGGGAAUUUGCCUUUGAGUGCAAAGUGGUGUUGGGCAAAAUUUAGUUAAUGCCACCAUGCUUGUUAUACGGCUCAGCCUCCAUGUAAGGCCCAUCCGGCCCCCGUCUAGUCGCCCGUUUCUCCUGCUGUAAAGAAUCAAACCUUAAUCAGUGGUUGGUCUCGUCUUAGAUUCAGGAGCCGUAUGUCUAUCCCGCAAAUGUUUAUUACCCUCACUGUAUUACCCCCUACUGCUUCCGUUCCCUCGAUUUACCAGUCACAUCUGGUUAGAUGGAUUUGCUAUAAUAAACGUUUCUUUGCAUCUCA